AUGACGUUGACGGUGGGCGUGACCCUUUUCAAGUUCUCCGUCACAUUGAUCCUGGCUUGCAAGGUGGUGAGCUUCAGGGACAUGGCCACCCAUCAAAUCAACAGCCUCCUCCAAGAGGUGGCACUCCUGAAGAUGCUCAACCACCCAAACGUCGUACAGUAUUACGAUCACUUUGUAGACAAGAAUAAGAAGGAGUUCUACAUUGUGAUGGAGUACUGUGAGCAUGGUGAUCUGUCUCACCUCAUCAAACGUGCCAUCAAGAAAGGGAGUUCUAUCGAAGAAGAAUUCAUUUUUCAGGUUUUGGAGGAACUUGCCUCAGCGCUGAAGCACUGCCACAGUCGUCCUGAUGGGAGUGUUGUGCUGCACCAGGACCUGAAGCCAGCAAAUGUUUUCCUCCACCAGAACCUCACCGUGAAGAUGGGUGAUUUUGGGCUGGCAGAGAUCCUUCCCACCAAGUACCACUUUGCACAUUCAAAAGUUGGGAGUCGGCGGUACAUGUCUCCAGAAAAAACUAACGACAAAGUUUACAAGGAGAAGUCAGACAUCUGGUCCCUGGGGUGUCUGAUUUACUACCUGUGUGCCUUAAAGUAA